AUGGACGCUUUGCUGUCGAAUUUAAGGACCAAUGACCCCAAGGUGCUAUGUGACUUGCUCUCCGUGGACCUACGGAGUCAUUCAUACCAGAUUGCCUCUGUGCAGUCGAGCCUACGCUCGGUAGAUGCCUCCCAGAUCAAAUCUCAUGUUGAGCAGUACCACUUGAACGAUGACUGGUCAUCGUUCGAGCCGCUGGUCGUGAGCUAUCUAUUGCUGUGUAAGGACGUUGAUCCUUGGUCGAUACUGCAGUCACAUGACCUGUACCUGUCCUUCUUCAAUGCGCUGUCGAUGGCGUUCAUGAACUCGCAGUAUGGUGAAUCUUUAUGUCCGCUGUUCCAGGAGACUGUUGGACACAUCAUUCCAAUGGUGAAGAGAGUGGACCUGGUGCUCAACCGGCUGGAUGGCAAGAAGAACAAGCGACUGGUGUUUGUAUCGACAGUGCUGUCGAGGGUGUUCAACCACCUGCGUGCGCUAAAGGGAAGCCCGCGCAAGAAAGAGCUGAUCAUAUUCAUAGUCAACCACCUGAACUCGGUGUACUUCACGAUUGGCAACCCGUUGCUGUGUGCCAACAUCUUUGCCAACGUCAAUCUGCUGGAGCUAAAGUUUCAGAGGUUCCCCAUGUCUCAGCAGGUUCAAUAUCGGUAUAUCCUUGCCCGAUAUUACAUCAUCAAGAACCAGCUGUCUAAGGCUCAUCACCACCUGAGCUGGUCAUUUAGACACUGUCUCAAGGGAUCCACCAAUCUGAUUCGGAUCCUCAGAUACCUGGUUCCCGUGUCCAUGCUUAUUGGGAAGAAUCCCAGCAAGCAGGUGCUGAUGAGAUUCCCAGAGCUACAAGCCAUGUAUGGACCUCUGGUGAUCCAUUCCAUCAACGGCAAUCAAUUCGAGUUCCAAAGACAUUUGUUCUUGAACCAGCACUACUUCAAAGCAAGAGGUCUCUUGGUGUUGUUGUCACAGAGGUCGAGGAUUCUGCUCUUCAGAAACUUGGCCUUGAAGGUGUUCCAGACUUGCGAUGUCAAUCGGUUGCCAUAUGCCAAACUACAAGUCGCCUUUGCCAAAUCUUUGAGGACUUCAGCUGAGCAGUCUAGCACUUUUGGUAACCAGGCAUUAUACCAAACGUUGAAUGAGCCAAUGGACCUGGCAUUCGUCCAAAACGUGUGCUGCUCGUUGAUUGAAAACGAUAUGGUGAAAGGUAACGUUGUUGCCAGCUCCAGAUUGGUUAUCCUCUCCAAAUCAAACCCCUUCCCGUCGGUCUAUGCCAACUACACCUCAAAGUAUGGCAUCAACGGCAAUGAGAAAUGGAUGGACUACUGA